AUGGAACAAGGCGUGGAUGUGGACGAGAUCUGGCGAGCCUUGAGGCCCUGGGGUCGCUACCAGGUUAAACAGCUGUGUUUUAUGUGGGCUGCUAUGAUUCCCUGCUCCUUCCAUCUCUUGGCUAUUGUUUUUAUAGGAUAUCGACCCGACUUCCAAUGUGCCACUAUAUCACCUCCCGAUAAUAAAACUUGGAAUGCCUCAGCAUUUUACGCAACAUAUGAAAAAUGUUCAGUGACGAUAUCUUCUAACCGAUCAAAUUCUUCUAGCACAACUUCUUCAUGUUCCAGUGGUUACAGCUAUAAUGAAUACGAUGACAUAUCUUUUGUAACUGAGUGGAAUCUCGUUUGCGAUGAGUCCACAAAGCUGGAUAUCUCUCAGUCCCUUUUGCUCCUGGGACAAGGUUUUGGCGGGUUUCUGUGCACUGGCUUCUCUGAUAAAUUUGGUAGAAAACGAGUCCACAUUGUGUCACACAUCUCCAUCCUCGUUCUAUCCGUUGCUACAGCUGUUAUUCCAUCGUAUGUAGGACUUGCCAUCCUUAGAUUCCUUACAGGGGUCGCCAUUGAGGGAUUGUUAUUGUCAAGCGUGACGCAAUACGUGGAGACACUUCCAGAGGAGUGGCGAUUCUGCGCAGAAGUGAUGGGUUUGGUCUGGUGGACCACAGGGAUUGUUCUCUUAACGCCAAUGGCCUAUCUUUUGUAUGGAUUUUCCUGGAGAUACCUACAACUUCUGUUGUCCUUACUAUCUCUGUACAGCCUCGUAGAAUACUGGCUUUUUGAUGAGUCUCUAAGAUGGCUAAUGGCGAAUGGUCAUUUGGAAGAAGCAGAAAAAGUGGUACGAAAGGCUGCUAAAAUGAACAAAAAAGAUUUUGACAAAGUUAUAAGUGAAGCCAAAGCAAAAACGAUAGAAUUAGAAAAUCUGAAUGGUGGCAAAAAGGAAAUUGAAAAGGUAUCAACGGACCCAGAAGUACUCAUUGAAACCUACAAUCCAAGGAAUACGGAAGUGAAGAAAUAUGGCAUGUUUGCUAUUCUUAAGGACCGAGUGGUUCUCAUCAACUCUGGCAUUAUUUGGCUUACUUGGCUGACGAAUAUCUUGACCUACUAUGGGCUGAAUCUUAUAUCCACUACUUUGUACGGAAACCGCUUCGUCAACUUCUUCUUUCUAGGGGCCAUAGAAUAUUUGUCGGCUUUUGCUGAAUUUAUUCUGUUAAACAGAAUUGGUCGUAGAAGAACUCUCUUUCUUCUUCUAGCGACCUCAGGAGUUUCUCUAUUGGUAGCCACUGUGUUGUCCAUGUACAGAGGUGACAGUGAAGCAUUGGGUCACCUGUCUACAUUUUUGGUUUUGGUAGGAAAGUUUGGAAUUACAGGCUCGUUCAGUUCAACUUUCUUGUACACAUCGGAAAUAUACCCCACUAAUCUAAGGAAUGCUGGUUAUGGCUACGCUUCUAUUUUUGCAAGAAUUGGUGGAAUAUUAGCGCCAUUUUCUAUGUCGUUGCACUCCUAUGUUGCAUGGGGUCCCGGUGUGGUGUUCAGUGUUAUGUGCUUCCUUUCCGCCAUUUUGAUUCUCCUGCUACCGGAAACACGUGGACGAGAACUUCCCACGACAAUAGAGGAACUAAAAACAUGGUACAAAGCUAAUAGCGGAAUACGUAGAUGUGGUACAACGUCCAACGAAAGCCUGUGAGAAAUCGAAUGGAAAUCAGUAGUUUAAUUUACACAUUGAAUAAAAGAAAGAAAUUUCUUGGACUAGUAGGUUUUUGAGGAUAGCAAAUAAAAAUUCUAUGCUACGCGAAAACACACCAAGCACUCCCUUGUUGAUUGUGUCUCAAGUCCGCUGUGACAAGCCAUGAUUCUAUUUCAACAGUUCAACAAUGGAGGAUAUGUAUAUCCCUGGGCAUGAAAUAAAAUGUCUUUUACUGAUAUU